GGCACCACGAUUCCCUCCCCGGCACCCCCUUCCCAUCCCACACCACCGAGCACACGGGCUGGAUUGGGACCCACAGCCCGCGUCUCCCUGGCAGGAUCGUGGUGUGUGGUGCCAAGCUGAAGAGAAGCAUCGUGCCAAACUCAGCUGCCAUCUACAAUUUCCAGCACACUUUCCGGCUGGAGCAGGAGGAGGAUGGCGGCCUCGAAGCGGGUGCUGUUGCUGCUGGUUGCAGCUCUCCUGCUGCACGUGGCUGUUGCACUGAAUAUCAGCGCCUUCAACAUCAAGCAAUUUGGGGAGGCAAAGAUGAACAAAACGGAAGUCGCAGAUAUCAUCGUCAAAAUUCUGCAGAAUUUUGACAUCACCGUGCUGCAGGAGGUCCGGGACACCAGAUUGUUCGCCGUGAACAAGCUCGUGGCUGAGCUCAACAGGGGAACCCCAGGCUUGUACAGGUUUUUGUCUAGUCAACCCUUGGGUUGGAACUGCUACAAGGAGCAGUACGUGUACAUCUACAGGUCGGACAGAGUCUCUGUGGUGGACACCUACCAGGUUCUGAACCAGAGUGCCUUCAGCAGGGGACCUUUCAUCGUCAAGUUCUUCUCACCUGACACACAGGUGGAGAAAUUUGUGAUGGUGCCCCUGCACUCCAGGCCCACCAAUGCGGUAAAAGAGAUCGACGCGCUCUAUGAUGUGUACACCAAUCUCACUAAAAACUCAAAUGACGACGUCCUCUUCCUGGGCGACUUCAAUGCCGGCUGCAGCUACGUGAAAGAUGCUGACUGGCCCAAAAUCCGCCUGCGCACCAGAGCACCUUGUGACUGGCUCAUCACGGACGAAGAUGAUACCACUGUAACUGCUACCACACACUGCCCCUAUGACCGCAUCGUCGCCUGUGGCACUGCACUGCGCCAAAACAUCACGCCCAACUCUGCCAAAAUCUACAACUUUGAGUUGGCUUUUGACCUCACUAACCCACAGGCUUUGGAAGUCAGUGACCAUUUCCCAGUGCGGGUGACCCUGAAACCAGGUGCUACAUACUCGGCAAGGCUGCUCAAGGAAGUGCCAGCCGUGGCACGCUGUUGCACACCAGGACUUAGGAGGGACCUACAUAGAUUUUUUUCGCUCUGUCUCAAAAUCCAAAGCAGCCUUCCAAGUUCAGCUCCCAUCACUGCAUCCCUGUGGUUCUGCAUCACUCCGGGCAGGAUGGGGACCGUGGCACCGGCACUGUCUCUACUGGCCGUGGCUCUUCUGUGCCCAGCCACUGCCACACUGCGCAUCGGUGCCUUCAACAUCCAGGCGUUUGGAGACACCAAGAUGUCCAACGAGGAAGUGGCGAGCAUCAUCGUGAGCGUCCUGAGCCGCUACGACGUGGUGCUGGUACAGGAGGUGCGAGACUCCGACCUCAGUGCUGUCACCCAGCUCAUGGAGCAGCUCAACAGCGUGUCCACAUCCCCAUAUGACUACGAGAUCAGCGACCUUCUGGGACGGGACAAUUACAAGGAGAUGUACCUCUUCAUCUACCGGACAGACGUUGUGUCUGUGGUGGAGACCUACCAAUACGAGGACCCUGAGGACGUCUUCAGCCGGGAGCCGUUCAUCCUGAGGGUCUCAGCACCCCACAGCAGUAUGUAGGGGGACAAGUGGCCUCGGAUGGUGUCAUGGGGUGGUUGUAGGGGAUGUCCCUCUCCUCUGGCAGAGGCAGAGCAGUUUGUGCUGGUGCCGCUGCACUCAGCCCCGCACGAUGCUGUUGCUGAGAUCGAUGCACUCUACGAUGUCUACCUGGCCAUCGUCAACAAGUGGGGCACAGAUAACAUCAUGUUCCUGGGGGACUUCAACGCCGAUUGUGCCUACGUCCAACGGAGCGACUGGUCGUCCAUCCGCCUGCGCACCAGCGACCUCUUCAAGUGGCUGCUCCCUGACAGCGCCGACACCACCGUGGGGAAGUCAGACUGCGCCUACGACAGGAUCGUGGUGUCUGGUGCCAAGCUGAAGAGAAGCAUCGUGCCAAACUCAGCUGCCAUCUACAAUUUCCAGCACGCUUUCCGGCUGAAGCAGGAGGAGGCCCUGGCAGUCAGCGACCACUACCCGGUCGAGGUGAAGCUGAUGGCUUGAGCUCCUCCUGCAUCUGCAGACCACGAUCCAGCUCCAGCUCCUGCCACAAGUCCCCGUGAAGGCGCUCCCUGCAGCCCUGUCCACAAGC